CCUGGAUGGACCUCAAACAGGCCCCAAACAGACUCAGGAUACACCCUAGGCAGAUUCUAAAUGGAUCCCAAAUUAAUCUCAACAGAUCCCAAACGGAUCCCAGGAUAGACCUGAGUGUUUUGAGGCUUUUUCCCUCUUUUCUGCAGCUUUUCCUGGAUGACACCAAAGUGAAGAACUUCAUCACCUGCUUCAAAGGUGUCCUGUAGGAAGCCACGUUUUUUGGUGUUGAUUCACUAAUCAAACACCUGGAAAUAGCCAUGAAGAAUUCCCAGCCAGCUGAGGAUCACUGUUCCACCUCUCAGAAGGAGUUUGUCCGGUUCCUGCUGGCAACACCCCCCAAGUCCGAGCUGCGCUGUCAGGGUCUCAGUUUCAGUGGAGCGGAUCUUUCCCACCUGGAUCUUUGCUGCAUCAACUUCAAGGUGGCCAAUCUGAGCCACUGCAACCUGGCCCGUGCCAACCUGUGCUGUGCCAGCCUGGGGAGGGCUGACCUGUCAGGCUCUGUGCUGGAUGGAAGAUGUGCCAACCUGCCAGGGGUGAAGAUGCUGCGCUCCAGCGCAGGGGGAGCGUCCCUGAAAGGCUGCGACUCUGAGGACCCAUCAGGCCUUCAAGCUAAUCUGGAAGGUGCCAGCCUGAAAGGAGUGGCCAUGGAGGGCAGUCAGAUGACAGGAAUUACCCUCCGAGUUGCAAAGGUGAAAAAUGCCAAACUAAAGAACUGUAACCUCAGGGGAGCAACGUUGGCAGGAACUGACCUUCCGAAUUGUGACCUAUCAGGUUGUGACCUCCAGGAAGCCAAUUUGAGGGGCUCUGAUGUGAAAGGAGCCAUCUAUGAAGAGAUGCUGACCCCCCUGCACAUGUCCCAGAGUGUCAGAUAGGGAAGAGAAGACGUCGAAGAGGAAGGAUUCCAAACAUUUGUUGUGAUUUUCUUCACCUCCUCCCCUUCCUGAGUUAGAAGGAAUGGUUAUUAGACAACUUCCAUUUGCAGUAGUGCCUAA